AUGUCUUGGACCGCUCCGAUUGAUCCGGUUAAUAAAAAACCUUUAAAAGUGUCACAAUUAUGUGAAAUAUGCCAUUGUCGUAAAGCGAUCAUCAAAAGGCCAAAAAACUUGCAAAAAAUAUGUAAAGAAUGUUUCUUCUAUGUGUUUGAAACGGAGAUUCACAAUACUAUUGUCAAUAACAAGCUAUUUUAUAAAGGGGAGAGAGUUGCUGUUGGUGCUUCUGGUGGUAAGGAUUCCACAGUUCUUUGUUAUAUUAUGAAGUUAUUGAAUGAACGACACAACUAUGGUAUUGAUAUCCAGCUUUUAAGUAUUGAUGAAGGGAUUGUGGGAUAUCGUGAUGACUCACUGGCUACAGUGAAAAGAAAUCAAAAACAAUAUGGACUUCCAUUGGAAAUUGUUUCAUAUAAGGAAUUGUAUAAUUGGACUAUGGAUGAAAUAGUGGCAGUGGCAGGGAUCAGAAAUAGUUGUACAUAUUGUGGUGUUUUUAGAAGACAAGCUUUAGAUCGUGGUGCACAACGGUUAGGCAUAAACCAUAUUGUUACAGGUCAUAAUGCAGAUGACAUGGCAGAAACUGUUUUAAUGAAUAUACUUCGUGGGGAUGUUGCAAGACUUGAGAAAUCUACAUCUAUUAUUACCAGUAGCAGCGGGUCUCCAAUUAAAAGAUCCAAACCAUUUAAAUAUACGUAUCAGAAGGAGAUUGUUCUUUAUGCACACUAUAAGAAGUUAGAUUAUUUUUCUACAGAAUGUACAUAUGCACCAGAAGCAUUUAGAGGCACAGCAAGGGAGUUAAUGAAGAACUUAGAAGGUAUUAGACCCAGCUGUAUCAUUGACAUCAUUCAUAGUGGCGAAAAUUUGGUCUUAAAGGAGAAAAAGAAAAGAAUAGUGUCAAAUCAAUCUGAACAACAAGCGAAGAAACAAUUCGCGGAUGGUAAUAGAUGUGAACGUUGUAACUAUCUUUCAAGCAAUAAAAUCUGUAAAGGUUGCAUUUUAUUGGAAGGUUUGGAAAAGAGCCGAGCAAGCGUCUCAAUUGAAUGUGAUUCAGCGAAUGAUGGUGCUGCAAGGACUUUAAGAACAUUAGAGAGAUUAUCAUUUUGA